CUAAAAUGGUGAGCGAGAGUCAUCAUGAGGCCCUGGCAGCCCCGCCAGUCACCACGGUUGCGACUAUUCUACCCAGUAAUGCCACUGAGCCCGCCAGUCCUGGAGAGGGAAAAGAAGAUGCCUUUUCUAAGCUGAAGGAGAAAUUCAUGAAUGAGCUACAUAAAAUUCCACUGCCACCGUGGGCCUUAAUUGCCAUAGCCAUAGUUGCGGUCCUUUUAGUCCUGACCUGCUGCUUUUGUAUCUGUAAGAAAUGUUUGUUCAAAAAGAAAAACAAGAAGAAGGGAAAGGAAAAGGGAGGAAAGAAUGCCAUUAACAUGAAAGAUGUGAAAGACUUAGGGAAGACCAUGAAAGACCAGGCCCUUAAGGACGAUGAUGCUGAAACUGGUUUGACUGAUGGGGAAGAAAAAGAAGAACCCAAAGAAGAGGAGAAACUGGGAAAACUUCAAUAUUCACUGGAUUAUGAUUUCCAGAAUAACCAGCUGCUGGUAGGGAUCAUCCAGGCUGCCGAACUGCCUGCCUUAGACAUGGGAGGCACAUCUGACCCUUAUGUGAAAGUAUUUCUGCUGCCUGAUAAAAAGAAGAAAUUUGAGACAAAAGUCCACCGAAAAACCCUUAAUCCUGUCUUCAAUGAGCAAUUUACUUUCAAGGUCCCUUACUCGGAACUAGGCGGCAAAACUCUGGUGAUGGCUGUGUAUGAUUUUGAUCGUUUCUCCAAGCAUGACAUCAUUGGAGAAUUCAAAGUCCCCAUGAACACAGUGGAUUUCGGUCACGUAACUGAGGAAUGGCGUGAUCUGCAAAGUGCUGAGAAGGAAGAGCAAGAGAAAUUGGGUGACAUCUGCUUCUCCCUCCGCUAUGUACCUACUGCUGGUAAACUGACUGUCGUCAUUCUGGAGGCAAAGAAUCUGAAGAAGAUGGAUGUGGGUGGCUUAUCUGAUCCUUAUGUGAAGAUUCAUCUGAUGCAGAAUGGCAAGAGGCUGAAGAAGAAAAAGACAACAAUUAAAAAGAACACACUUAACCCCUACUACAAUGAGUCUUUCAGCUUUGAAGUACCUUUUGAGCAAAUCCAGAAAGUGCAAGUGGUGGUAACUGUUUUGGACUAUGACAAGAUUGGCAAGAACGAUGCCAUCGGCAAAGUCUUUGUGGGCUACAAUAGCACUGGCGCGGAGCUGCGACACUGGUCAGACAUGCUGGCCAACCCCAGGCGACCUAUUGCCCAGUGGCACACCCUACAGGUGGAGGAGGAAGUCGAUGCCAUGCUGGCUGUCAAGAAGUAAAGGGAAGAAGAAGCCUUUCUGCAUUUGCCCACAUAGUGCUCUUUAGCCAGUAUCUGUAAAUACCUCAGUAAUAUGGGUCCUUUCAUCUUUCCAGCCAUGCAUUCCUAACACAAUUCAGUGGUACUUCAAAUCCUGUUUUAAUUUGCACAAAUUUAAGUGUAGAGAGCCCCUGUGCCCUUCAUCAUACCACUGCCCUCCAAAUCUACUCUUCUUUUAAGCAAUAUGAUGUGUAGAUAGAGCAUGACGGAAAUUAUUUAUUGUAUCACACUGUUGUAUAUACCAGUAUGCUAAAGAUUUAUUUCUAGUUUGUGUAUUUGUAUGUUGUGUUUCCUAAUAUGUGUAUAUCUAGAUGUUUUUAAUAAGAUGUUCUAUUUUAAACUAUGUAAAUUGACUGAGAUAGAGGAGAGCUGAUAAUAUAUUAUAUGGUAAAUAUAGUAUCGUCUGCAUUCCAGCAAAAAUAUCAACUUGUAAGGCACUAGUACAGUUAGACUGACAUCUUAAAGGACAACUUAAACCUGAGCUUUCUAUUGAGUCAUUUGAGUACCAAGAUACACUUCCACCACAUAUUCGGUGGGUGAAUCCAAUUUUGUAGAAUUCCUUCACAGGCAAAAUAGCAUGAUCUGAGCAGCAUCCAGGCCGACCUCAAGGAAGCAUAGCCACAAACCAGAAUAGCAUCUAUCUGUACAUUCUACAAAGCUAAAAUCAUGGCUUCACUCUUGUAUUUGAGGAAGCAACAGAACAGGAGUCAAUGAAUUCACAUUACUGCAUGUAGAGUAAUGACAGGAUAUGGUGUUCAGUUGAGUAUGCAAGGGCGUAUGAGCGUGUGAGUGUAUGUGUUUGUGUGCAUGUGUGGAGCACACAUUUGUUUGGGGAUGGGUGGGGGAGGAGAAACUGAGGGGAAAAGUCAGCAUUUCUGAAAUAUUGCCUAUUUAAAAA